AUGCGUGGACAAGGCACAAUAGAGCUGGCUCCAUGCUGGCCGGAAUUCGUCAAAGCAAAGUUCGGCGACAGCACUGACGACGUCUUGAAAAUGAUUUACCAAGAUCAUGUCGACGUAGUUAGAUCAAGUUCGGAUUGGAAGCUCCUGAUAAGGUUCGACCGAGUCCGUGACUGUCCCGGCCUCAGUAGACCUGCCAUGUUUCUUUACCUUGGCCUCGAAGUCGCAACCUCCACAGAAGCCCUCAAGGUAGUUCUGAAGCUGGUCGACAACCCUAUUCCACCGAAUUUCUCGGGUACCGAAAUCCUGGCUGCAAUCUACCAGCUCAUGAUGCACCGCAACAAAAGAUCAGAGACCCCAAUCCAUCCGGCACUUCGAGACGUACAAGGCACUAAAGCAGUACUUCUCCAACACCACAGCUUGGUAUCGCAGGGAGUUACUAAAGACAAGUAG